CCGCUCAACUCGGCUUCAAACCGUGGCCGUCUGGAAGUGGUCAAGCUACUCCUAGAGGAAGGGGCAGAUCCGACAGUCGCCAACAAUAAUGGAUGGACCCCACUACACUCUGCGUCAAAAUCGGGACAUAUCGAUAUAACACAGCUACUUCUCGAUCACCAACCUGAUACUACACGUGUAGACGCGAACGGACGGUGCCUAUUGUUCCUAGCUUCCUGGCGUGGAUACGACCAGGUUGUUCAAACCCUCCUACAAAUGCCGUAA